GAGCAGGGCCGCUGGCUCCGCUGGCUCCGCUGGCUCCGCGGGCGCUCGGCUCGGCUCGGCCGCGGGGCGCGCAGGCGGCUGCCGGGCGGCCUCGGUGCGCGCCUCCCGCCUUCCCAGAGACGUGGCGCGAGGCCCGGGCCCCGAGCACCUAUCGCGGGGAUCCCCGGCGCCAGGAGGGGGUGCAGCCGGUGGGCAGCGCCGCGCAGGGAGGGGCCGCAGCAUCCUCGCCCCCCAGCGCGCCCGGGCCCGAGAGGAGGAGGCCGGGACUCUCAGGGCCUCCCGCCGCUUAGCCUGAUGCUGGAGGGACGAAGGUAAUGAAACUGAGGCUCUCUCUGGGCCAAGGACUCACAGCCACUCGGGGUGAAUGAAGAUGGCAGAGAGGACGUGACCAGCACUCACCCUUGUCCACCUGCCCAGUGGCACCGCCAUGCAGAAGCCCAGCGGCCUGAAGCCCCCCGGCCGUGGGGGGAAGCACUCCAGCCCCAUGGGCCGGACAUCUACUGGGUCAGCUUCAUCCUCGGCGGCGAUGGCCACUGGCUCCAAGGAAGGCUCCCCGCUGCACAAACAGUCUUCCGGACCCUCCUCCUCCCCGGCCGCAGCUGCUGCCCCCGAGAAGCCAGGCCCCAAGGCGGCGGAAGUGGGGGAUGACUUCCUGGGGGACUUUGUGGUGGGCGAGCGGGUGUGGGUGAACGGCGUGAAGCCAGGCGUGGUGCAGUAUCUGGGAGAGACGCAGUUCGCACCGGGCCAGUGGGCCGGCGUGGUGCUGGAUGACCCGGUGGGCAAGAAUGAUGGCGCGGUGGGCGGCGUGCGCUACUUUGAGUGCCCGGCCCUCCAGGGUAUCUUCACGCGGCCCUCCAAGCUGACCCGGCAGCCCACGGCCGAGGGCUCGGGGAGUGAUGCCCACUCCGUGGAGUCGCUGACUGCCCAGAACCUGUCAUUGCAUUCGGGCACGGCCACGCCCCCGCUGACCAGCCGCGUCAUCCCCCUGCGGGAGAGCGUCCUCAACAGCUCCGUGAAGACCGGCAACGAGUCGGGAUCCAACCUCUCAGACAGCGGCUCUGUGAAGCGGGGCGACAAGGACCUGCGCCUGGGGGACCGCGUGCUGGUUGGCGGGACGAAGACUGGCGUGGUGCGGUACGUGGGGGAGACAGACUUUGCCAAGGGCGAGUGGUGUGGCGUGGAGCUGGACGAGCCCCUUGGGAAGAAUGAUGGGGCGGUGGCGGGCACCAGGUACUUCCAGUGCCCACCCAAGUUUGGUCUCUUCGCGCCCAUCCACAAAGUGAUCCGUAUCGGCUUCCCAUCUACCAGCCCAGCCAAGGCCAAGAAGACCAAGCGUAUGGCCAUGGGUGUGUCAGCACUGACCCACAGUCCCAGCAGUUCCUCCAUCAGCUCCGUCAGCUCUGUGGCCUCCUCCGUGGGGGGUCGGCCCAGCCGCAGUGGCCUGCUCACGGAGACCUCUUCACGCUAUGCCCGUAAGAUCUCGGGCACCACGGCCUUGCAGGAGGCACUGAAGGAGAAGCAGCAGCACAUUGAACAGCUGCUGGCCGAACGAGACCUGGAACGGGCUGAGGUGGCCAAGGCCACGAGCCACAUCUGCGAGGUGGAGAAGGAGAUCGCCCUGCUGAAGGCACAGCAUGAGCAGUAUGUUGCAGAAGCUGAGGAAAAGCUGCAGCGAGCCCGGCUGCUGGUGGAUUGCGUGCGGAAAGAGAAGGUGGACCUGUCCAACCAGCUGGAGGAGGAGAGGAGGAAGGUGGAGGAUCUGCAGUUCCGCGUGGAGGAGGAGUCCAUCACCAAGGGAGACCUGGAGACCCAGACGCAGCUGGAGCACGCGCGCAUUGGGGAGCUGGAACAGAGCCUGCUACUGGAGAAGGCGCAGGCCGAGCGGCUGCUCCGAGAAUUAGCGGACAACAGGCUGACCACAGUGGCCGAGAAGUCGCGCGUGCUGCAGCUGGAGGAGGAGCUCACCCUGCGCCGCGGUGAGAUCGAGGAGCUCCAGCAGUGCCUGUUGCACUCGGGUCCCCCGCCCCCGGACCACCCCGACGCCGCCGAGACCCUGCGGCUGCGGGAGCGGCUGCUCUCGGCCAGCAAGGAACACCAGAGGGAGAGCGGGGUGCUGCGGGAUAAAUACGAGAAGGCCCUGAAAGCCUACCAAGCGGAGGUGGACAAGCUCCGCGCGGCCAACGAGAAGUACGCACAGGAGGUGGCGGGCCUGAAGGACAAGGUUCAGCAGGCUACCAGCGAGAACAUGGGGCUCAUGGACAACUGGAAAUCCAAGCUGGACUCGCUGGCCUCGGACCACCAGAAGUCCCUGGAGGACCUCAAAGCCACCCUGAACUCGGGCCCAGGCGCCCAGCAGAAGGAGAUCGGUGAGCUGAAGGCAGUGAUGGAGGGCAUCAAGAUGGAGCAUCAGCUGGAGCUGGGUAACUUGCAGGCCAAGCAUGACCUGGAGACUGCCAUGCACGUGAAGGAGAAGGAGGCCCUGCGGGAGAAGCUGCAGGAGGCCCAGGAGGAGCUGGCUGGGCUGCAGCGGCACUGGCGGGCCCAGCUGGAGGUGCAAGCCAGCCAGCACCGGCUGGAGCUGCAGGAGGCCCAGGACCAGCGCCGGGAUGCCGAGCUGCGUGUGCACGAGCUGGAAAAACUGGACGUGGAGUACCGGGGCCAGGCGCAGGCUAUCGAGUUCCUCAAGGAGCAGAUCUCGCUGGCCGAGAAGAAGAUGUUGGACUACGAGCGGCUGCAGCGGGCAGAAGCCCAGGGCAAACAGGAGGUCGAGAGGUUGCGGGAGAAGCUCCUGGUGGCUGAGAACAGACUCCAGGCGGUCGAAGCCCUGUGCUCCUCCCAGCACACUCACAUGAUUGAGUCGAAUGACAUUUCAGAGGAGACGAUCAGGAUGAAGGAAACUGUGGAGGGCCUGCAGGACAAGCUGAACAAGAGGGACAAAGAGGUGACAGCCUUGACCUCCCAGACCGAGAUGCUCAGGGCCCAAGUAAGUGCGCUGGAGAGCAAGUGUAAGUCGGGCGAGAAGAAGAUGGACGCCCUCCUGAAGGAGAAGCGGCGCCUGGAGGCGGAGCUGGAGACCGUGUCCCGGAAGACCCACGACGCCUCGGGCCAGCUAGUCCUCAUCAGCCAGGAGUUGCUGCGGAAGGAGCGGAGCUUGAACGAACUGCGGGUGUUGCUGCUGGAGGCCAAUCGUCACUCCCCAGGGCCAGAGAGGGACCUGAGCCGCGAGGUACACAAAGCUGAGUGGCGGAUCAAGGAGCAGAAACUCAAGGAUGACAUCCGGGGCCUGCGUGAAAAGCUGACCGGGCUGGACAAAGAGAAAUCCCUGUCAGAUCAGAGGCGCUACUCCCUCAUCGACCCGUCCUCGGCGCCCGAGCUCCUGCGGCUGCAGCACCAGCUGAUGAGCACGGAGGACGCCCUGCGGGAUGCGCUGGACCAGGCUCAGCAGGUGGAAAAGCUGAUGGAGGCUAUGAGGAGCUGCCCUGACAAGGCCCAGACCAUCGGCAAUUCCGGUUCUGCAAACGGCAUCCACCAGCAGGACAAAGCCCAGAAACAAGAGGACAAGCACUGAUCCUGAGGGGAUACUGUGGAGCGGCCCAGUCCAUACCAGAGCCCCGUGCGGCUGCCCGGCAGCACCUCCUCCAGGCAGGAGCCGGGACUGUCACUUUGGAGACAAAACAGUGUUUGUAACAAUAACGUACUCACCGCCGCGGACAAUCCCCCACCCCGAUCCCCUGCCAGACCAGGACGCUUCCUCAAGCCCAGCCUUCUACAGAGAGUGUGAACGGUACAGCCCCGGCCUGACCCACGGAUCUUCGGCCUGGAUGCCCGGCAGCUUCUGGAGUUUGUCAGUGGAGGCAGAGGGGAUCCAGCCAGGCCCCUCUGUCCAGAAGGAGCUGCCCUGAGGACCAUCUUAGCGCCCCUGUCCUCUUUUUCCACCCAUUCUCUCUCGGGUCUCCCCAGAGGGGCCAGCGGGGGCUGGGGUGGGGUAAGUUUAUCCAUGCAGGCACCAAGGGGGAGCAUCCAGUCUUUAAGAGCCAAGUGGGGGCCCCUUUUCCGAAGCCACUUCCAGGCAAAGGCAGUCCCCAGGGCUUCUUGUCCCCACCUUCUGAACCUUCUUCAAACAGUAGUACGAGCUCCCCUCAGCCAGCUGCCUGCCCAGCGAGGCCCCCGGGUUCAAGGCGUUGGUUGGGGCAGAGCGCAGGGGAACAGGAUCCUUCUCCCGCCGCCCACCAACACCAACACACACACACCUCUAAGCUGCUGGCCGAAGAUGUCACCAAGGCCAAAGACACAGUAUUACGAAGGUUUGGAAGCCCCUCUCCUCACCUCCCAGCUGUGACCUCGGGCAAACCCUGGCUCGGAGCCCAGGGCAGAGGCAGCUCAGAGUGGAGGCUCUAGGCAGGUUUGACAAAGGUCAGUAAUACGGUGUCCCCUGGGGUUGACCAGAUGUUCCAAAACAUCUGCACCCACCUGGAGAUGCAUCUAAGCGGGUCCUUAUGUACACACCACGUUCACACACACACACACACACUCACACUCAGAGGGACCACGUGUGCACGCAUGACCGUGUGGGUGGCGGCGUUUGCUGUGAACCACGCUCAGGCCACAUAGAGACACAUACUUGGUUUCUGGGACUGAGACCCAGGCCUGGCAGGACCGUGCCUACAGAUACUGCAAACGUUCCUACAGCCUAGAGGUGCGUAUACACACCCAAGUACACGCAGCCAGGCAUUCAGGGGUGUGUUUGCCACAUGGAGCAUCCCUUCCUGGUCUUGCCAGGCACCUGCACAGAGCGUCUCCAGCCCCAUCUCCUAACGGGGGCUGGGGGUAAGAGAAAUCUAACUGUGCUCCCCCUCCCCGCCACCCGCCCCGCCGUCUUCCCCUCAAGCCUGCUAAGUUAUCCCAGGCCUGUGCAUGGUGGAAAAAGCCAGCCUUGGCCCUGCAGCCUCCACCUCUCCGCUGGGGGACCGACAGGUUGCUUACAGCUUUGCACCCCGGCAUCAGCACAGGGGGCCCUGCCCCACCCUCCGGCAGCUCAGGGAGUGUUUUCCUGUGAGGCCUCCCCCAUCAGGGGACCAGAGGGAGAAGCCCGAUGCCCCAUCCCGGCUUUCCCGAAACGCACAGGACACGUGUGCAAUUCAUAGGAACGGCCCAGGUCGCCCUCACGAGUGCCACCUGGUACAGGUAGGUGGCGCUCACAUUCCUGCCCAAAUGCAGCCCAUCGGGGAGUCAGAGUCAGUCCCCCCGGCCCCCCUCCCAGUCCCUGUUGGCUUUCGGUAGCUCUCGCAUGCAGUUCUAUUAACAGCCGUCUAGAAGCGAUGCUUUAGUGGCCUAACCCAGGGUCAAAUACAGCUCUUUCUAGCAAAAUCAGGCAGCUGUGCCCCAUCCGUAGGGGCACCGAUUAGUCUACUAACAGCCAGAGGUCCAUCUAGCAGGGCACCGGGAGGAGCUGACCCCCGGAGGUGAGCUUCUGGUGAUGGGUGUCCAAGAAGCGGUUUCCUUGGGAGCUUCUGCCUCCGUGGGCCUCUCAGCCUGCCCCGUGUGGCUGCCCGGGCGUGGCUCAGCCAUGUCCCCUCCCCAGGUCCUUCCCGUGCUCCUCCCCUCCUCACAGUGGAAUUGAAGUGUGGCGAGUCUGUGCUCGGGACAAUAAAGCUUGUGACAGGUCCAGGA